AUGAACAUCUGCCCUUCCCAAGAUCCUCUCAGAAGAUCCGCCUCCCGCUUGGUGGGCUUGCUCGCAGGACCGGACGUGACUUUCCUUCCCAAACAAGACGGGCUCCAAGGAGGUACUGCUCCAAGUAGCCAUUCGAUCAAUUCCAUCAACAUUCCGUACCUCAGUAAACCCCCUAUUCUGGCGCUUAAGCCUACGACCAUCACGGGGUCCUACACAGAUCACCGAAGGUGGAUGGAGACGUAUCACGGUCACGUCCGCACGCCGGCGGACGCUAUCAUCCUCUUCGAAGCAUGUCGCAUUGGCCUUCUGCCCCGUGUGCAAAGACGCCUGUCCGAAAAAGAGCGCCAAUUAAUUCGAUCCGGGUCGGUUUUCGUGUGGGAUGAGCGAGAAGCGGGGAUGAGGAGAUGGACGGAUGGGAAAUCGUGGAGCGCCAGUCGCGUGUCGGGCAGCUUUUUAACAUACCGUGAGAUGGAGGGCAAGCGUGGAGGAACAGGCGUGGCUCAAUCGACCAUGUCGAGAGCGGGCAAGACCCCCGAGAGCCGAGGCAGUGAUGAUGACCGGGCGGACGGCCCUGAUGAAGGCCCGGACGGGUACAGGUACAAGCCCGACGGCCUGAUGAAGCAGUCUUUUAGUAUCACUACCUCAACGGGCCAACAUCUUCACCUCAUUAGCUAUUACUCUAGGUCACACCCCUCCGCAGCCAACCUGCAACAACCCUCCACGGAUCCGGCCCUGCGCCAUGUUCGCCCGCAGAAAGGUCUAUACCCGGAGUCGACUGUCAAUGACCAACAGAACCUUCCUGUGGUAACGCGCGGGCCAAUGGCUGGAGCGGGGUACUCGGUACCUCCUCAUCCCAUGGGUGCAUAUGCCCGCUCCGGAGCCACUCAUCCACAGUCAUACACUCCGUCGUACGCAUGGCCGCCGACCCCGUUAGCAACCCCACCAACCGUCCCGGUCCACUAUCAAUAUCUCCCACCCGUAUCUGGAUCGAACGGCCAAGUAGCCUACGCUCACCAUCAACCACACGCUCUGCCUCCACCGCCACCACAACCGCUGGCGACUCCUUAUGAGCGGCCGGUGCAUCCCGUAGAGGCAUUGGCCCCGACAAUACAGGCUUCUGCCGUGCAGCACCCAUCUUUGCCGGUCAUUGCAAACGGCCGGUCGCCGCGGCUGGUUCCGGAUGUCCAUGAGCUUCAUCAGCGCAGCCCGCCAGACUACGGGCCGACGGAUCUUCGGAGAGCGUCUCCACGCACACAACCACCGUCCAUUCCCCCGGCUGCUGGGUUGGUUGCGCGAAGCCCACGCCUGUUGAAUCCGGCUCCGUCGAGUGCCGUCCACAUCUCUCCUCCGGCCACUACAAUCAAACCACCGGAGCCCAGCAGCUCGGGCACAACGGUUCCUAGUAUCGGGGCGUUGAUGAACGGGACGCCAGCCAAUGGCUCCUUGCCGUCCAUCUCCGCGCCGUCCACGGCACGAGCGGAGGGGCCGCGCGAUAUCCCCAGUGACAAGAUUGGGUUUGGCGGGGAGGACAUGCGAGCCCUCCGACAAUUAGACCGCGUCUUCACUGCGUGA